CUGGCUAUGACGCAACGAGGUUUUCACAAGCUUCGUCAUUUCGGGAUUUAUCGGCGUGACUGCGCGGAGGGUGACGGUGCUGUCGGUACCCGUCAGUGGAAAAACCCCGCCGGACCAAGUGCACAUAAAAGGUCCAAAGUGCUGCAAAUGGAAGCUGAAGGAGGGUUUACAGAGUCAAGCGGCGGACAGACACCGACACCGAGAGACAGACAGCCGCCCUAACAGAAAUGAACUCUGCGACAGUUCUCAUCCUGCUGCAGCACUUGCUGUUUGUGGUCCAGUCAGCGCCCGUCAGCUCGUCUGACCCUCCGUCGGCGUUCAGAGAAGCGGCUGAGCGAGCGAAGACGCUAGUGGAGAAAAUCCUGAAGGACAUCCCGACUGUGCACGCCGCCGCCAUCAACACUGAGGGUUUGACCCUCGACGCCUCCACCCACACAGCAAACCUGCAGAUGAUGAUGACCUCGCUGGACAUCCCGCCUGCCCCGGUCCUCAAGCCGCUGUCUGAACGCUUCACACUGGACAUCUGUGUGAGUCGUAUGUCAGCGGGCAGCCGGCUGUACCAGGGGCUGCUGGGAGGUUUGUCUGACAGACUGAGUGGACUGAAUGACCUGCGAGCCGACCUCAGAGACUUGCAGACUCACCUCCACAAGAUGGAGGAGGAGGUUCAGCUCGGCAGCAGUGUGAUGGAUCAGACCCACAGCGUGGACCUGACCUCUCGUCUCCGUGGUAACUACGAGGUCCAGGUGGCGGCCCACCUGACGCUGACGCAGCUUCGCUCCUUCUGUCACGACUUGAUCCGCAGCCUGAGAGCCGUCGCCACCUACGGGCCCCAAGCUGCAGGUGCACGGUAAGCCCCGCCCACCACGGACGACUCCAUGCUGCGUUUAAGGACAUGCAGGAAAGGAGUCGACCAUGAGGAAUAUUCUUCUACUACAGAAUAAUCAGCACACCGAAGAAGAGAAGAGACAAAAAAAUACCAACAAUUCAGACACUUGUUUUCACAUCUUGAAAUAAAUCCAGCUGAGCCGAGCGCUGAGACCCAGCAAACACAUCGUGUGUCUCACAGCAACAACAACAAACCAAGUGAGACGUCUUCUUACAGAGACAGUCUUUCCUGCUGCUCUUUGUUUAUUCAGGUAUUAAUUCUUCCUGAAGCAUUUAUGAAGAUUCACAGAGCGCAGAGGACAACCUGAGACUCACCUCUGAUUGGCCGACAUAAUGAAGAACAAUCCCAGGAUGCUUUGCGUGUGGACUUGAGGGUCUGCCUCGUCUGAGACAACAAGCAGCAGGAAUGCGGCUCAGGAUGUGAAGCCUGCAGGUCUGAACGUGCCGAAGACCUCGCAGCUGCUGCUGCCUGACGGCUGCAGGCAGGAAGCUGCAGGAAAACGAGACGAACUGCUUCUCUCAGACGCCUCAGAAAGCAAAGGAGUCACUCAGAGUCGUCCACGUGUCCGUCCUGAGGACAAAUGACAUCGGAAAGUUCACAGGACUCAGCUUCCUGUGUGUGUUAUACACAGUCGAUCAGUCGUUCGAGACAAUUUUAGGCCAAAUGUUUGUCAGCUUUCAGACAAAACCCCACACAAUCAGACUAAUCAAUGAAAAUGAUCAUUAUUUGUAGCUCUAAUCAGAACUGAGUCUUACUGCAUUUACUGCCAAUUUAAAACAACCACUUCCUGGUGCUGCUGUUUCACAUUAAGAGAAUUUUAUUGGGCUUUGAGGCUUUUAUUGUAAAGAGGCUACAGGAAACACACUCAGAGGGUUAGUGCUGUAAACAUGACUUUAUUUAUUUAUUUUUAUUUAUAUUUGAGGAGAGAUGUUGUUUAUCAGUUGCUAUUUAUUUGCUUUUAUUUAUCUUAUUUUUAUUUAUUGCUGGUAUUUAUUUGUUUAUAUUAUUUAAAUAUUUAUUGUUUUGUGUUUUUUAUUUGAUUUGUGAGAAAAACAAACACCAGAAAGUCACAACUGAGUGACUCGCUGAGUCACAACAGGAAGUCAGGAGUUUCUCAAGUUGAGCAACAAGGGUGAUGAUGUCAGAGUAUUGAUGAUGUCAGAGCAGGCCGCCUCAAACACGCGUGUUCAAACAUGAAGUUCUUUUAUUUGUAUUUAUUUGAUUGUGUUUCAGGUGUGUGUUCAGGUGUGAACCUUAAAAACACCGUGUCUAUCAGUCUGGUGUAAACCCUGUGGGUGAACUGAAUUAUUUCUAUACAUAUUUUUUUAAUCUGCUUUUAUGACGAGACGACCAAUCAGAAGUCUUGGUUUGUAAUUACGAUAAAAACACUUUUCUGAUUUCCUGUCUCCGCAGGCCUGUGAUCUAAUCAAUAUGUUUUCUAAUAAACGUCGAUCUUCAAUG